AAAGCUUUACAUCGAAACUGUAUUCCACUAUUUCUGCAUUCUACUAUACGGAUUUGAUACUGUCGCUUCCGCUACUGAAAUCCAAAAUGGUUCUUGCCACAGAGAAAGUUGUGCGUUGCACUGUCGUCGGCGAUGGUUUUGUUGGAAAGUCAAGUGUAAUUAAGAAAUUCAUUGGUGGAGAGUUCAAUCCGGAAUUUAUCGCCACUCUAAAGGAUGAAUACUCUAGUAAAUUGUCUGCAAACGGAGACCUUUACGAUCUGCAUGUUACUGAUAUUGCAGGAGAGCACGAAGACCUGUCCUCUCUUCCAACCCCGGAUGUAUUCAUCGUCUGCUUCAGUUUGGUUGACAAAGACUCCUUAGCCAGUGUUGAAAACUUCUGGCUUCCAAAAGUUCGAUCCUUGGGAAAACAUACUCCUAUAGUGCUUGUAGCUACGCAGUUGGAUCUUCGAAAGGAAAAUGAGAAUGAACAUAUAUCUGCUGAACAAGGACAAAAAAUCUGCAAAAAUCUAGGAACAGAAAACUACGUAGAAUGUUCCGCGAAAAUAAACCUUGGAAUUCAAGAAGUUUUUGAGAAAACUGUGUACGCAAAAAUUCGGCAUAGCAAGAAAAAGAUGAACAUUAUAAAACGUGUCUUUGGGCGUUGACAAAAAUAUCCAGCGCUCUGACAAGGUGACCCUUGCGUCGCUACUGAGUAAAAUGAGGAAAAUCUAAGAGGGACUUCCGAAGUCCCCAGGAGGAUGCCCGAAUCCCCCGAGUACAU